AAAAGCCAAAAAAGAAAAAAAAAAAAAAAGGAUCAAACUUUCACAGCUCACAAAACAUGUCUCGUCGAUCGCUGACUCUCCUCAAGAACCUCACCAGAAACACAAACACCUCAUGUAACCAAACCCGAUCCGUAACCUACAUGCCCCGACCCGGCGACGGAUCCCCACGCGCCGUGACUCUAAUCCCCGGCGACGGGAUCGGUCCCCUCGUGACCAACGCCGUCGAGCAGGUGAUGGAGGCGAUGCACGCGCCGAUCUACUUCGAGAAGUACGACGUUCACGGAGAGAUGAGCCGCGUCCCCGCGGAGGUGAUGGAGUCGAUAAGGAAGAACAAGGUUUGUUUGAAAGGUGGGCUGAAGACACCUGUGGGUGGAGGUGUGAGCUCGCUGAACGUGCAGCUGAGGAAGGAGCUUGAUCUGUUUGCUUCGCUGGUUAAUUGUUUUAACUUGCCUGGGUUGCCUACGAGGCAUGAGAAUGUUGAUAUUGUUGUGAUUAGGGAGAAUACGGAGGGAGAGUAUGCGGGGCUGGAGCAUGAGGUUGUUCCUGGUGUUGUUGAGAGUCUUAAGGUGAUCACGAAGUUUUGUUCGGAGCGUAUAGCAAAGUAUGCGUUUGAGUAUGCUUACCUGAACAACAGGAAGAAAGUGACGGCAGUGCACAAGGCUAACAUUAUGAAACUUGCUGAUGGUUUGUUCUUGGAGUCUUGUCGAGAGGUUGCUAAAAAGUAUCCAGGGAUUACUUACAAUGAGAUUAUUGUUGAUAACUGCUGCAUGCAACUUGUUGCGAAACCAGAGCAAUUCGACGUCAUGGUGACACCCAAUCUCUAUGGUAAUUUAGUUGCAAACACUGCUGCUGGUAUUGCUGGAGGCACUGGAGUCAUGCCUGGAGGAAACGUUGGGGCUGACCAUGCGGUGUUUGAGCAAGGUGCAUCAGCAGGAAACGUUGGGAAAGACAAGAUAGUACGAGAGAACAAAGCAAACCCAGUGGCGUUGCUUCUCUCAUCAGCCAUGAUGCUUAGACACCUUCAGUUUCCUUCAUUUGCUGACCGGCUUGAAACAGCAGUGAAAAGAGUCAUCUCUGAAGGAAAGUGCCGGACUAAGGAUCUUGGUGGUCAAAGCACUACUCAACAGGUCGUUGAUGCCGUCAUUGCAAAUCUUGAGUGACCUUUGACAAAGUUGUGUGGUCCUUCCAUCUGAAAAAUUCAUCAAAAUCCCUGCUACUGUUUGCCAAAAGUAUAUGGGUAUAAUCCACGGUGUCUGGUUUUGUACCUCAGAGUUUUACAUUCUUUAGACGUUAACUCGUCGAAACUCUCAAAUCAUAUUGUUCUAUUCCAAAUAAUUCAUGUUGCUACGCAUGUUUGGUUUUCUGUCUUUUCAAAAUUACUAUUGUCCAAGAAGUGAAUGAA